GCGGGGUAUUGGGGACAGGUUGGGCGGUGGCAGUGGCACAGUGACAUGGCAUCGCUCAGCUCAGCUGCUACGUACCGUGCUGAGCACAUCAGCACCUACAGCCAGGGGCUGGGUGCCGGCGAGCCCCGCUUCGAGGGGGAGAGGUACCACUACGACACCUUCAGGUACCCAGGUUCCCCGGGCACCGUGUGCCCCUACACUCUGGGCACAUGGGUGCAGGUGCAGGGUGAAACCUACCAGGUGGUGGCCGACGUCAGCCAGUUCGAUCCUCCUGACAUUGUGGUGACCACCUCCAACGGCCACGUUGCCAUCUGGGCUGAGAAGGUGGCAGAGGACGGCACGGUGUGCGACACUUUCACCCACCAGUGCCGCCUGCCUGAGGACACGGACCCUCUAUCGGUGAGCUGUGCCCUGACCGACGCCGGCAUGCUGGUCAUCACCGCCUGGCGCCGUGCCGGUGCCCGUCCCGGUGAGACGCCGCAGCCGCUGUACCGCAGCGAGGCAACACUGAGUGCAGGGACGGCACGGGGACAGUAAUGGUGACCGUGCCCUGGGGCUCCGUGCCCCCUGCACACCUCCAUGCUCUGGCAAGGUGGCUGUUUAUAAAGUUCUUUAAUUAAAUUAAUAUAAAAAUC